AUGAUACUUAAUAAUGAAAAUCAUUUAUUAUAUUCAGCAGGAGAAGAUUAAAAAAUAAUAGUUUGGAAAGUAGAUUGUAAUAAAAAUGAAUUAACAUUUAUAUAUUAACAAGAAAAACAUACUAAUUGUAUAUGUGCUAUGAGUUUAAAUGAAUCUGAAAAUAUAUUGAUUACUAGUGGAGAUGAUUAAUAAAUUAUAAUAUGGAAAUUUGGAUAAGAAAUUAAAUUUUAUUUUAGAAAAGUAUUUAAUUAAGUGUUAAAUUGUUCUGUUUGUCAUAUAAAAUUUAUUACUAAUGAUAAAUUUAUAUGGAUACCUUCUAGUAAAGAUAUAAAUUGUAUUUGUGAAUUUGAUUAUUAAGAUGGUAUAUAUUUCAUGAAAAUAUUGAUAAUAGAAUAUUCUAGUUAAAAUCUUGGAUGUGCUUUAUUCCUUAUACUAUAUUUUAAAGAUUAAAAUGUAUUAAUUGUUAGAACAAAAAAAUAAUAUAUUUAAUCAAAUAAUCAAUGGAUCUUUGGAACUAAAACAGAUGAUGGGAAAUAGUUAUUAUUUUUGGAUAAUCAUAAAGCAGAAUAUUCAUUAUAUGAAUUAUAAUAUAAAUAAUAAUACAUAAUAAUAUUUUUAUGUCAAUCUAUAAAAUCAUCUUAUAUUUAUAUAUAUGGUAUUUAUAAAUGA